AUGAAUAUCAAGAAUUUAUUCAUUUGGUUACUUGAGCAUGUCUAUGAUUACAAUAUCUUCUUACCUGACGAAGAUGAUUAUAACGAUAAUGAUGACAGUGACGAACCAGUCGAUCCCGCAGUUACUCUGAAACAUCAACUAUAUUCUACUCGAUUAUAUAUUCCUCUUCUUAUCAUUACCCUGUACAUCCUAACGUUUGUUGCCGUCGUUAGUCCACAAAAUCAAUCGAUCAGCGUUUCAGACAUAACACCAGUGUUUUUCAAUGAGCUCUAUCGCGAUCAUGCCGAUACACUGUCAUGCCCAUGUUCAACUAUUGCUAUGCCGUAUGGAAAAUUUGUAUCACACAUGAUCUCCUUUCACCCGGUGUGUUCGAGUACUUAUGUGAGCAAAGAGUGGAUUCAAGCGCUUUAUCUGUCCUAUGCCAGCUCAUUGCUAGUGAUGGAUUUUCGAACAACUGCGAAAUCUCAAUUUGAACUUCUCGCUGCAUUUUGUUCCAUCUCUCAAGAAACAGUUUUUCAAUCUCUCGUUGACGUGGAAAAUGAACAAUUUGUGACUUCUGAACUGUUUCCAGAAGACCAAGUUCAGUUUCAAAUAGUGGCCACUAUUGAUCUAAUUAAAAACAGUAUUUUCCUUCAAAAAGGUAUUAUCGUUAGUCUCUUACAAAUAACAACACAAUCAAACUUUGUCGUUUCUGCUCUUAAUACAAAUGCCUAUAUUUCAGUGAGUAAAAUCAAUGGGCAAGUUUCUCGCAUAGUACCAUCAUCUACCCGUGCAUUCAACGAAAAUAGCAGUCGCACAGCCAACAAUAUCGGUCAAACGUGCGAUCUAGUAAGAUCAACAGUACCGGCCGGUUUUUAUUCAUUACCACAAUAUGAGAGUGCAAUAAAACAUUCUACAUGGCCAAUCAAUCCACCCUCUUUCAGUCCAAGUACUAAUGCAACAGUAGAUGGAUUCUUUGCUGGAUGUACUCCACUUGAUGGUUUACUUGUCAGUACACUUGAAUGCCUAUAUAGCGUCAGCUGUCUGAAAAACUUUCCCAGUUAUUUUCCAAAUCUUAAUCAGACAAAUAUUUCUUGGUCUGAUGGUCUGCCAUCUUCAACACGGAAACAGAUACCUGUCGGAGAUAUUUUAUCUGAAUUAUUCGUAGCAAAUUGGUCAUCUGUGAUCAACUAUACUGUAUACUUUACUUCAUGCGCUCCAAAAACAUGUACGUAUUCGAUUAUCAGCCACAUGAAUGUUUUAUACACUGGUACUCUCUUACUUGCCCUCUAUGGAGGUGUCACCAUUUUGCUUCGCUCAAUCACACCUUACUUAGUUUUCCUUUUGCUAAAGCUCAAGCUCAGUUCGACCAAUCACAAUCGCAAUCUAAAAAAUCAAUUGAUGGCUAUAAAGAAAUGCAUGGACAAGUUAGGACGACUCAACUUGUUUAAAUCAAUCAGUAGACGAACCGAAGGAGAUGUCAAACUACAGCGCAUGAUCACGCGGAUUUACUUGAUUUUACUUGCGAGUGCCGUGUGUGUGCUUCUGGUACACACAUCUAUCGAUGUACAGAUAGUAGAUAUACCUGUAUUGAAACCUUUGUUAAGAGAAUACAGAAGACUACAACAAUCACAUUCCAAUUCCCUGAAAUGCUCUUGUUCAAACACUGUUGUACCAUAUCAAACAUUCGUCGCUUGGGCGCCAAGACUUCAUUCGUUGUGUACAAGCGAUUUUGUUAGUGAGACGUGGAUUCCAUUAUUGUCAUAUACUACUAAUGUACUCUAUUUUGGAUACCGUCUCUUCGCUUGGAAUGGUUUCACAGGUCAACAUUUCCGUUUGCUGUCAACUUUAUGCCAACUGGCAAAUAAAACUGUCACAGAUGCUGUUCAUCGAUUUGGUAUUCAAACCUUCGUCACACUGAAUGUCACCAGUGAAGAUAUUUUUAAUACUCAAUUAGAUAUAAUUGUGCACGAAUACACUCAGUCGUUCGGUGAUGACUUUUAUCUUCUUCUCAGGAUUAUUCAGCUGUUCACACAAGCUGAUCAACCUUACACAAUGGGUAACAAUGCUGAUCUAGUCGAUUUGGCAACGCACGAUGAAAGCAAUCACAGAGAAAUUUCCAAGCUUGGAUUCAACUUUACUGGUCCAAGGAACAUCGAAACGCAGCAAGUAGUGUGUAUCUGCGCUACAGAUCCUCGCUGCCAAACUCCAGUUCGUGAUCCUAUAAAUACAACUACUCUAUACAAUGUUCCGGGCUUUUCUGAAGCUGUAGGAAUGAUCACUAGUUGCUUUACUUUGAAUUCUGUACUGCUGUCAACGCUAGAAUGUUACUAUUCUCAUUCGUGCGUGUCUAUUCUGUACAAGUACAUAAACGCCACAGUGGACGUCAUUAACGUAGGUCUUCGGUAUAUCGAUGCUAGUCUUCUUAUAUAUAAUUCAACAUCCAGUCGAUUUCCUCCCAAUACCUCACUUUCACUGAUAAUCAAAGAAUUAAUGAUCGAAGAGUGGAACCCAACAUUUUCAUUCGAAGAUUAUUAUAAGGAAUGUGCACCAAGCAGAUGCAUUUACUCUCAAGAAGUGCGUAGGAGUAGCUUAAUCGACAUAAUGAUAAGAAUGCUAGCAACAAUCGGCGGUAUUAUUGUUAUUCUACGAUUAGUUACGCCAUCACUAAUCAGGUUGAUCAUCAAUUUGUUGAAGAGCAAACAACCAUCAAACACGUCACAAAGACAGCUAACAUCUCGAGAUUCACCGAAACUGUUCAGUCAAGUGAAAACGAUCACAGCUAGACUAAUUAGACUGAUAGGAUCUACGUUGAUAAAUCUAAAUUUUUUCCCAAGACGAAUUUUUGGUGGACGUAUCACUGACAGAAAAGCGAGGUAUUUUGGGCAAUUAUCAACGAGACUUUACAUCGUUCUGCUGAUCGUCACUUCUGGCGUCUUGGCAUUUUACUAUGUUCUGCAAUUACGAACAAUAAAAAUAACAAUUGAUAGACCAGAUAUCGAUGUCUACAAAAGUCUUCUACUCGAACACGGUGAUACUCUGCAAUGCCGUUGCUCGUCAGUCGCAUCGAAAUACAAUAACUUCGUUCAAAUUCAACCUAUUUUUCAUCCAAUAUGCUCGAGUCUCUUCGUUUCCGAGGGAUGGUACAUGAACAUUACGUCAAGUUUGGCUCCAGAUUUAUUCGUCUAUGACACUCGAGAUUAUCGUCGUUUUCUAUCCUCGCAUUUGCAACUUCUAUCAGGAUUGUGUUCUGAGGCAAUGCAAUCCGUGAAUAGCUAUAUCACUCAGUUUCUUGAAUCAUUUUUUCUAACCGAUCAACUCAUACCAGCAAGUAUACUUGACACAUCCAUCCAUACGCUUGUCAACAGUAGUCAAUUAAACGCUCCCAAUUCCUUUGUAACUCGUCUGUCCCUUCUUCGGGCAGUCAAUUACGGCAAUGCUAUUAUAUCAUCUUAUGGAACAAAUUUUGAGUAUAUUGAUCCUUGGGUGAAUGAAUCUUAUUCUCCAGCCAUUACUCAAUCAAUAGUCUAUGCUGAUGAAUGUUCCUGUGCAUUGCACAUGAACUGUACUGUUCAAGCUGGAUUCGUUGCACCGGAUUCAUUGAAAAUCGUACCAAUCAAAGGUUUGAAAAUAGGCUGUACGCCUAGUGAAGCGUUUCUGUCGUCAACCCUGGAAUGCUUCUAUAAUUCAUCAUGUCUGGAUCUUAUUCUGCAGUAUACAAAUAAUAGCGAUAGCACGGUUAAAAUCUCAAUCCUCUCCACAAACAAUAGCCAAUAUUCAAUGGAUUCAACUGUUCUAGAUUUAGUCACAAAUGUCUUCAUAGAGAAGUGGAUAACAUCCAUAAACUAUUCUGUAUAUUUUCAACAAUGUUCACCUAGUUCUUGUUCAUAUACAUAUCGACAGAGAUUCGACUGGCUUUAUACUGUCACUGUUUUAAUCGGCUAUAUCGGUGGUUUAACACUGGCUUUACAAUGGUUAUGUCCAAAAAUAAUCAUUCUCUCCCAUCAACUCUAUAGAUAUUCUCGAAAACAGAAAAACGCUGUCGAUGUGAUCCCUCAAUCGACACUGGGAGAGAAUCAUGUACACAAUCUCGAUCCAAACGGAGUUUCUUCAACUUCAACAUCACCGAGACAAUUCACAUCGGUAAUGUGUCGUUAUAUCAUUCUUGGAUUAAUUCUGUUCAUGGGUUCAAUAGCAGCAUUGGUAAUUGUUUCUAUCUAUUUGAAUAAACGUAUAAAUGCAGCUCACACAAUACCGUCAGGUAUUCAAUCGUUUCUUCUCGAAUUCAUUUUAAAUAUUCUGAAUAUUUGUAUUUGUACUAAAGUUUUACUGACAACUAUUGCGGAGACAACGACCAGUACAACAGUAUUGAUGACGACAACAUCUUCAACAGAAUCAUCCUGCAAAUUAACAUUUCAACAAUCAACUCUGUACACAUCCAACUCGAAUUCAACGCACAAUGCUAUUACUACGGGAGAUUUUAAUGGUGAUAGUUAUUUAGAUAUUGCUCUUGUUGAUGCUUAUUCGGGCAAUCUCAGCGUAUUUCUGAAUAACAAUGAUGAAACAUUUUCAAUCUCAUCGAUACAUAUUAUCGACACAAGUUAUUACAUUGUUUCUAUUGCCUGUGGCGAUUUUAACAGCGAUUACCAAAUAGAUCUCGCUGUUGCCGCUUAUUCUUCUAGUACAAUCAUCAUUUUGAUUGGCAAUGGUGAGGGAAUAUUUCAGAUACAACAGACAAUUUCAGUUGCAUCCAUAUAUCAACCAACCUUAAUUGCAGUUGCUGACUUCAAUGGCGAUACUUAUUUAGACAUUGUUGUUAAUGGGGCCUUUCUGGGUAUAUUGUCUAAUUUUGGUAAUGGAUUUUUCAGCGGUAUAUCAUUCCUCUAUUCUAACGAUGUAUCGUAUGAAGACUCAUUUGUAGUCGCUGAUUUGAAUAACGAUAAUUAUCUCGAUCUCGCCACCGUUAGCACGUUCGACAAUCGUCUGCACAUCUUAAUUAACAAUGGUUACGGAUAUUUUCGACUACAGACAAUUACAAUGGCAAACGCCUAUAAUAGCGAAAAGUCACUCGCUGUAGCUGAUUUUAACAGUGAUAAUCAACCGGAUUUAGCCAUUGCAUUAGGGGAUUCUGAUAUCGUAAAUCUUUUUAUUCAGAAAAAUGGUACUUUUGCGCAACACACCGCAUAUUCAACCGGAGCAUAUAGUGCACCCAAUUCAUUAGUUCCUGUGGAUUUUAACAAUGAUGGCUAUGCAGAUCUUGCAGUGGUUCUUAAUUAUAAAAAUCAAUUGGAUCUUCGGUUUGGUAUUGGUGAAAGCGUGUUCUCAUCGCCAUUGAUAUUUUCAAUCGGAAGUCCUGGCUCACCCUUUGGAUUAAUCACGGGCGAUUUCAAUGGUGACAAUANGCUGGAAGACACAGGCGAAUGUUCAAACUUUUCAAGUAGUCUGCUGUAUACCGUCCGUCUAUGA